CCGGAGUGGUGAUACAGGCUCACACGGUGGUGGUCCUGCAGCACUUCAGUAAAUACAGGGGCAUUGCAGCAGGUAGUAUGUUCACCGCAAACCCUGUCAGCGCCAUUUUGUUCCCGGCUGUAUUGUCGGCCCUCAACGACGCCUACGGCUUGCGUGGAGCGGUGCUUAUAUACGGUGCUCUCAUCAUGCAUAUAUCUGCUUUAUGUCCCGUUUUGAAGGAGCCGCCUUGGAUUGCAGGGGCAGGAGCCUUACGAAAAGAGGGUGCAUGUGGCAACCAUCGCGUGUACAAGACAUCCAUAGACUCAACUGGUUGUGACAUGAAGCUUUUGGCUAAAUCAGAUGAGCCGGAAACCACGGCCUUUUCUAAUGAAAAGAUACUUAACGACGUUCACAGACAUAGCGUUUCUACUUUAAAAGCCAGUACGUUGUCUUUUGAGGAAAACAUGCACACAGUCAAAGUGGCUUUAGUAGAAGAUGACAUCGAAGGAAGACACUCAGACUGCCAGUGCCUACACACACUGCGAACUGUUUCACCAGCCCUCAUGGGGGUCACAACAAGCUACAUCAAAAGAAGCCUGCUGAGGAGCAUUCGCGAAAUUCGCCCCAGGCUUACAAUGCGUGCCAGGAAAUGUCGUACCGAGCCGAUUUUCACAGCUAGUUUCGUUGUCGCCGUCGUAGCGUCAACCAUGGUGGACUACGUGAACAUCGUGCACAUCUUCACAAUGAUGGACUACGCGCGCGACAAGGGUGUGUCUCGCAUACAUGCUACUAUGUCGCUCACAUACGCCGCCUCACUGGAGAUCGUUGGACGGCUACUUGUGCCUCUCAUCGCAGAUAUGGGCUGGCUUAGCAGGCCCUUCUUAGUAGGUGGUUGUGCGAUCACCGCUGGCCUGAUUUUCGGGGUCACUCCGCAGACACUGCAAGUAGCGCAUAUCGUACUUCGGGCGCUGUCAUCAGUGUUGAUGGGGGCGCUUGUCACAAUGAAGACUGUGCUGGUAGCCGACUACAUGGGGACCGACGCCGUGUUUUUAGUGUCAGGAGUGUCAGGCUUUCUCCUCGUUCCGAUGCUGCUCUGCAAUCCAUUAUUAUUUGGUUUCUUUCGGGACCGCAUGGGCUCCUAUGACAACCUAUAUCGUAUGAUAGCCGGAAUAAUUUUCUCUGGAGGACUCGCCAUCGUUGCUUCUUUAGUUCGUUCAAGCAGGUCAAAAUCAAAGAUAGCGAAUAUACCUGAUUGUGAAGUAAAAGGCUAA